AUAGCCAAUCUACGGAACGGGAUCCAACAUGUCAUCCUCCAUUGCCUUAUUGCAUUCAUAACCUUAUAAAUAUUAGCAUUCAAAGUCUAAGGGACUAUAUCGAACAACCAGUGAACCACAGCUGUGUGAGUGGCUGGCACAUGCGCCAAAUUAAUAUGGUGUGAUUGUGCGUCAAAGGAAUGGACGUACCACCUUGCAAGGAAAAUAUGUCUUCCAAGAAGGAGCCCAUAAUCAACCCUUUGCUUAUAGCUGACACGAACACUGAAAUUAUGCAAACAGUAAUUGAAGAUGGCAUGAAGAUGACGUCGAACCCUGAAACACAAUUUUCUGUAAUUUGUAGCAGUCAAACAACUGCUGACACCCAACGUACAACCUCUCAAAGCAGUGCAUGCGAGAUCACAGAAGAGUUUGGUGGUGGCACCCAUCUCCAAAUUAAGUGCAGUGGUACCUUACCCAUAACGGAAAUGAAUGCAGCGGAAUUGCCCAAGAGUGACUUUCACAUAGGGGCCAGCCAGGAUACCAAUAGUGGUAGCACAACAUGUGCAAUGGUAUUGAACACGGCAAAGAGCGAAACAGGUGACAUUGCAAGCUCUGCGUGUACAGGCGACGAGAGGAGGGGCCGAUUCAGCAUUGACCGCUCGAUGAUUGAUGCAAUUCCAAUGGAGAAGCAGGUGACAGAGCUGCAGGGUCUUGGUGUUAAUGUCUACAGCCAGGAAGACUUUGAGGCAGGUGUCAUGGCUCAACUGGAUCAAGCUGCUGAAGAACAGGAUCGUGAGAGGAUUGUCAAGAUGCUAACGCGAGAGUGCAAGACCGUCGCCGCGGAGAUCAAGAGUGUCAAUGAGGAGGUGAGCCACCUCACGAAGCUGCUGAGUGCGCAGACUGCACAGCUUCAAUCUGGUGGAAGAGAAGUGCAGCGACGACUCGACUCAAUGCGCAACCAGAAGGAGAACAAGUUGAAGCAGCUGAAGAAGCUAAAGGCUCGACAUCGGGCACUGUCACGGAAGCUUGACGGAAACACUGAUGGCGCUGAUGACGGUGAUGAAAGCAAUGAGUCACUUGCCUGCAUUUUGGGAAUAGAAACGAAUAAAAAGGAAACGGAUGCAGAGCGAUUAAUCAGAACUGGAGAAAUAACUCCGUUUGGAACCACUGCCAUGGGCGGAAAAGUUGAUAUCAGCUCGCCGAGAUCGAUAGAGAAAUUGACUAAUCAAGGCAAUCAAUCAAAACCAGUUGGCAAGCCCAGCACAUCAACACAGCUGUCAGAUUUCGAGCUCUAUCUUCUUGACCAAGCUAGGCUGACAACAUCUUCCAAUAAAAAGCGUAAGAGGGAAGUGACCAACAAAAGGAACAGUGCAGAGACACGGAGCAGCCUGAAUGCCGAAGACAGUGCUUUUGUUCACCGACGCAAACUCAUCGAAAAAUCAUCCAGUGCUAGCGCAAAAGUCAGCACAUCAGUACGAAGUAGUGGUGCCUCCUUGUUGUCUGGGAAUAUAUUGGGAAAACGAGGACUCUCAAAAGACAGAGAAGAUUCAGACAGUAGCUUGUCAGCCCAUGAGCCAGAGAUCAACUCGGACCUUGUGAACGCUGUGCACAAUGACAUGCAGAACCGUCUGGGAAGUAUACAUGAAAGGAAGAGGAAGUAUCCAGGAGUGAAGCAUGGGCAUGGGGGUGAGUUUGAGGAGUAUGGGUCUGACAAGGAGUGGAAGCCAGACAGCCAGGAUCUAAACUUAUAUGACCCGGAAGAGUUCUAUCACCCAGAAGGUGAAUUCAGCAGUGACGAAGAGACUUCACUGCGAAAGAAGUCUGCUUUAAUGAAGAAGAAGAAAUCAUUAAAGAAAACAAAGAAGGUCAAUCUUGCGACGGACGACGGCAGUGAGCGUCAGUACAUCAAUAGAUUAAGGCAAUACAGGAAGGAGCAAUUGGAGCAGAAACAGGAGAGAAUUGAAAUGGGAAACCACGAUGAGGAUGAGCCGGAAGAAUUUGAGGGUGGUCUCAUUGUGCCUGGUCGUCUCUGGAGCAGAUUAUACAGGUAUCAGAAAACGGGCGUACGCUGGAUGUGGGAGCUUCACCAACAGCGGACCGGAGGCAUUGUUGGGGACGAGAUGGGACUAGGCAAGACCAUACAGGCCAUCGUGUUUCUUGCGGCACUGAAGGAGAGCAAAUUGCGGUCGCCUGGAACAAAGUACAUCGGACUUGGACCUAGUAUUAUUGUUACCCCGACAACCGUGAUGCAUCAGUGGGUGAUGGAGUUCCAUAUUUGGUGGGCUCCAUUCAGGAUAGCAGUGUUUCAUGAUACUGGCAACUUCGUUGGCUCAAAGGCGUCAUUGGUGCAAGAUAUUCAGCGUGAUAAGGGUGUACUCAUUACAUCUUAUGCGGGUGUAGUGCAGCACCAGAAAAUGCUGGUGAAAUACGACUGGCACUAUGUUAUCCUUGAUGAAGGCCACAAGAUACGUAAUCCAGAUGCCCAGGCCACACUAGCUGUGAAACAGUUUAGAACGCCUCACCGGCUCAUCCUGUCUGGUUCGCCUGUCCAGAACAACCUGAAGGAGCUCUGGUCGCUGUUUGACUUUGUGUUCCCGGGCAAGCUCGGCACGCUGCCCGUCUUCAUGCAGCAGUUCUCCGUUCCCAUCACGCAGGGAGGCUACUCCAAUGCCACCUGUGUGCAGGUAACGACGGCGUACAGGUGCGCGUGUGCAUUGCGCGACACGAUCAGUCCGUACUUGCUGCGCCGCAUGAAGGCUGACGUCAGGGACACGCUCAGUCUGCCGGACAAGAACGAUCAGGUGCUGUUCUGUAGACUGACAGAGGAGCAGAAAGGUGCCUACCGUGAGUAUCUCAGUUCGGAUCAGUGCCAGAUGAUCCUUGGCGGAAACUACAAGAUAUUUGUUGGCCUUAUCACACUGCGCAAGAUCUGCAACCACCCGGACAUCGCUACGGGCGGGCCACGCGUCUUCGACGAUGCCCAGGAGGAGGCGCUGCCCGACGACCUCAAGUAUGGCUUCUACCGACGCUCGGGGAAGAUGAUCGUGGUUGAGUCGCUGCUGGAGCUGUGGAAGCGGCAGGGUCACCGCGUGCUGCUGUUCUCCCAGAGCACGCAGAUGCUCGACAUACUGGAGACGUUUGUGCGCUCGCGCGGCUACGAGUACGUGCGCAUGGACGGGAAAACCACCAUCUCAACACGGCAACCCCUCAUCGCUCGCUUCAACGCUGACCCGUCGAUCUUCGUCUUUCUGCUGACGACGAAGGUCGGAGGUCUCGGUGUUAACCUGAUUGGUGCCAACCGCGUUAUCAUCUACGAUCCAGACUGGAACCCAAGUACAGACACACAGGCGCGAGAGAGAGCCUGGCGGAUUGGGCAGACACGCAACGUCACCAUCUACAGGCUCCUUACUGCCGGAACGAUAGAGGAGAAGAUCUAUCACCGACAGAUCUUCAAGCAGUUCCUUACGAACCGCGUUCUGAAGGACCCGAAGCAGAGGCGAUUCUUUAAGACGAACGACAUUUUUGAACUGUUCACGCUCAAGGACGACAGCGAUCGCACGGAGACGAGCGCCAUAUUCGCCGGAACGCAGUCGGAAAUCACACUGCAACGGCAAUCGUCGCGAGAGCAGAAGGUGGCGCCAUCUGGCAGCAAAAAGUGGAGACACAAGAAACAUGCACGUCACAGCGUUGGCACUUUAAGAAGCAAGCGUGUCGGGAGUGAACGACCUAGUAGUGUCCGACGAGAAAGCAGGUCCACAACCAGGGUCGAAUCCGGUGGAAUGGCGGUGUCGUCCUCUUGUACUGCCAAACGAGAUGCGGUAACAAUGACACCACUGCACCAGGAUCAGGUUUCUGGAACGGUAGACGGAUGUGCAAGUGAUGGUGAAGAGGCUGCAACAGGUAGUGUAGGACAAUCCUCAACAGGUGGAGUCACCGAUCCAGAAGUUAUCAAUGCGGAGAAGACAGUUAUUGAGAUUACAGACAAUCGACCAGCAGGCGUAGACAGAGUCGGACCAACGAUAAAAACGUGUGAUGGAAAAAUUGCGACAGACCCACCAUGUCUUUCAAGUCCACAAGGUGGGGGCCACAUCUUAGAUAGCCAUUGUAUGAAAGCUACUUUGGAGAAUGCGGAAUGUGAGGUGAAGCUACAACUUGACCAACUAAGCACGAAAGUGGAAGAAAAAGACACUAAUGAUCGUGGUGAUGGUUAUGUAUCAGGAUCAGACUCCCAAACCAUAUAUGAUGCUGAAAUAACGGCUGUAGAUAGAGUUGCCAUUCAACCACAGAGCGAAGAUAAAGAACAAAUUUGCGACUCGGAAACAAUUACAGAUGGCACUGAAGCAUUAAGUGACAGUACGGCGUACCACGUGGCUGCUAUUGGUAUCCCUGAUAAUACAACAACAGUGAUUUCAGGUACAGAAUAUACAAUGUCAACUGCUGACGAUACUUGUUGCCUCAGUGGAGUGCCAAACUCGGCUGUAGAUGGUGCUGCGGAGGCAUGUGCGAGUGCAGGUGAGAUCUCUAGUGAACCGAUAGAUUCUAAUCGAAGUGGGGACAUCAGCACAGCAGAACCCGCUGGUCUUGCCAAGCUGGCCAGAAUGCGGGAGUUGGCACACAAGCUUAGCGAGCAAAUAGCAAAUGGCAUGCUUGCCCGCCCUACAAAACAUGCUAGCAAGAAAUCUAAACGUCCAAAAGAAAAACGAAAGAAACGUGCAAAAAAGUCACAUGAAGAUGCUGAUGUCGAUGGCGUGAAAAUAAGUUUCCUAGAAAAGAAAUGUCUAGAGAACAACAAUGCUGCUGAUGAUCAUGCACAGCAAGAUGACUACGUGCUCAGGAAACUUUUCAAGAAAACUGGUGUUCAUAGUGCCCUUAAGCACGACAACAUCAUGGACUCCUCCACGCCUGACUACCUGCUAGUGGAGGCAGAGGCAGACAAGGUGGCCAAGCAGGCUGUGAGCGCACUGAAGCAGUCACGCAGACAGUGCCUCGGUGCAGUGUCUGGUGUUCCCACAUGGACGGGUCAGUCAGGAACCUCAGGGGCACCACCGGGCAUAGCCGGGAGGCCAAGGUUUGGCCAGAAGAAAAAUACCAGAAUAGUACAGCCUGCUGCUACAGCUACUUCUGAAAAACCCAAAGAAGAAACGAAGUCUGAGAAACAUCCAACUCUUUUCACCGGAGAAGAACUGGUAUCCGCACAAGCAGCUGGUGCCAUGACGUCACAACAGUUACUAUCUCGCAUUCGUAAUCGCAACCACGGCAGUGGGGAGGGAGACGAGCUGUCGUUGACCAUGGAGACACCAUCGCUGGCUCAGACAGAACUUCUCACAGACCUCAGAAAUUUUGUCGCCUUCCAGGCGGCGACAGAUGGCGCAGCAAGAACCGAGGAACUCCUCGCAAAGUUCAAUGCCGAGGAGAAGAUAAACAAUGUCGUCUUUCGCUCACUGCUGAAACAAAUCUGUGACUUUCAUCGGACGCCCUCUGGUGGUGGCAUUUGGAAGCUGAAGCCUGAAUUUCGGUAGCAUCACUUGUAGCUGGGGGCACAGCAUGUGAUGAAAAAUUGUCUCGCUUGUAAUUUUCGUGCAUUUGUGAUCGUACUUGAAUUCAGAAGCAUGUCGGUUGUCAUAAUAGGAUUAAAUAAGCAGGUUAUUCUGAAAUAUUGUACAUUUUGUAUUCCUAAUCUUACCGAAGUUAAAGUUUCGUUACUAACUUUUUUACUUACAGCAAGUUCAGUAGCUUUAAAUACAUCACUAUUUUAUACCAAUAACAUAGUAAUAUAUAGUAGUUUUGAUCAUUUAUAUUUUACUUUGUUUAUUGGUAACUAUUGUUAUCAUCCUUAUGUUAGAAUGUGAUACUUAUAAGUUUCAUUAUGGAAUCUGUAUCAUGUAUGAUGAUGUAUAUGGAAAUAGCUAACAAUGUUGAGAAUAAAAAAACAACAGUAUUUUAAA